AUGUCGUUCAAUCCGGGAUACGAGGACAUUGCCAAGGCGUUCAUCAGCCACUACUACUCGAUUUUCGACAACCAGGACACCCGGGUUCAAGGUUUUCUUCAUUGUUUGAAUUUUUCAUUCAAAGAAUUUAUUCUCCAGGACUCGCCGACUUGUACGACCCGCAAAACUCGUACAUGACAUUCGAGGGAACCCAAUCGGUCGGACGCGAUCAAAUUCUCCAGAAAUUCCAGGUAAAAUGGCCUUUUUCGAGUCAAAAACUGGAAGAACGCAAUUUUCAGACGCUCGGCUUCAGACAGAUUCAACGGGCGAUCACUGUCAUCGACUCGCAGCCGCUCUACGACGGAUCCAUCCAGGUGAUGGUGCUCGGGCAGCUCAAGGUGAGCAAAAACGGUUUUGCCACAUUUUCUAACAGAAAACGCGUUUUCAGACCGACGACGAUCCGGUGAAUCCGUUCUCGCACUUCUUCACGCUGCGUCCCAACAACGGCUCGUUCUUCAUCGGAAACGAAAUCUUCAGACUCGCCCUCCACAACAAUUAG